UAAGAUUUUGAAUCGAGCUAGGGAAUAUCUAAUAUUUUAUGAAUUAUUUAUACUUUCAGUACAAGGAAGACCUUUUGAAGUUAAAGAGAUGUUUUUGGAGGAUAUUUUACGAAGCACUGAGUAUACAAACAAAGAGAUGGUAAAGUACAAAAAAGAGAAACAGCGAGAAGAAAAACAGCAAAGCACACUUACUGAGUGGUGUUCUGCUCAAGAAAAUAAUAGCAAACUCGAAUCUCGGCAACAAAGAUCUCUCCCAAGUGCAACUGAAGUGUGUAAUCUGUUGGAUGAUGGUAGUGACACAGUAUUUAAUCAACUGACUGAAAAAGAUGCGAAUUGCCUUGAACCAUGGAUAAUAAAAGAAAUGGAUUCUUGUCUUUCUGACAUCUGGUUGCAUAAAGAUAUUGAUUCCUUUGCUCAGGUGUUCCAUCUCAUUUUAACUGAAAAUGUCAGUGUUGAUUACAGGCACAGCGAAACCAGUGCAACUGCACUAAUGAUUGCUUCAGGGAGAGGCUUUCUGAGUCAAGUAGAACAACUUAUCAGUAUGGGAGCAAGUAUCCACUGCAAAUCAUCCAAUGGCUGGAUGGCUUUGGACUGGGCUAAGCGCUUUGGACAGACAGAGGUUGUUGACCUGCUUGAAUCUUACAGUGCUUCGGUGGAAUUUGAAAAUCUUGAUGAAAGUUCCCUGGUCCAAACAGGCGGUAGUGACCUUAGUGCAGAGGACAGAGAACUACUGAAAGCUUAUCAUCACAGUUUCAAUGAUGAAAAAGUGGAUCUGGACCUGAUUAUGCAUUUACUUUAUCACAUCUGUCAUAGUUGCGAUGCGGGAGCGAUUUUAAUAUUUCUUCCUGGAUAUGAUGAGAUAGUUAGCCUGAGGGACCGUAUUCUUUUUGAUGACAAGAGAUUUGCUGAUAAUGCUCACAGAUACCAAGUUUUCAUGCUUCAUUCAAAUAUGCAGACUUUGGAUCAGAAGAAGGUGCUUAAAAGUCCUCCCUCUGGCGUCCGCAAAAUAAUUCUGUCUACUAAUAUUGCAGAAACCAGUGUAACUGUCAAUGAUGUUGUAUUUGUCAUUGACUCAGGCAAGAUGAAAGAGAAGUCUUUUGAUGCACUGAGUUGUGUUACGAUGCUAAAAAUGGUGUGGAUUUCAAAGGCCAGUGCUAUCCAGAGAAAAGGCAGGGCCGGGCGCUGUCAGCCUGGAGUCUGUUUUCGUCUCUUCAGCAGGCUCCGAUUUCAGAAUAUGUUGGAAUUUCAGACUCCAGAACUUCUCAGAAUGCCACUUCAGGAGCUUUGUUUACACACAAAACUUCUGGCUCCAAUUAAUUGUCCAAUUGUUGACUUCCUUAUGAAAGCUCCUGAUCCUCCACCAGCUUUAAUUGUGAGAAAUGCUGUGCAAAUGCUUAAGACAAUAGAUGCCAUGGACCCUUGGGAAGAUCUCACUGAACUUGGUUAUCAUCUCACUGAAUUACCAGUAGAGCCACACCUUGGUAAAAUGGUGUUGUGUGCUGUUGUUUUGAAGUGCCUGGAUCCUAUUCUUACUAUUGCUUGCACUCUUGCAUAUCGAGACCCUUUUGUUCUACCUACACUGGCCUCUCAAAAGCGCGCAGCCAUGCUGUGUAGAAAACGUUUUACUGCAGGAACAUUUAGUGACCAUAUGGCGCUUCUCAGGGCUUUCCAGGCGUGGCAGAAGGCACGCAGUGAUGGCUGGGAGAGAGCCUUCUGUGAAAAGAAUUUCCUGUCUCAAGCCACGAUGGAAAUCGUCAUAGGAAUGAGAACACAGUUACUCGGCCAGCUUAGAGCCUCAGGUUUUGUUAGAGCCAGGGGAGGAGCUGAUAUUAGAGAAGUUAAUACCAACUCUGAAAACUGGGCUGUGGUUAAAGCUGCCUUAGUGGCUGGGAUGUAUCCCAAUCUAGUGCACGUAGACAGAGAAAGCCUGACUUUGACCGGGCCAAAGGAGAAGAAAGUGCGAUUUCAUCCUACAUCUGCUCUUAGUCAACCUCAGUAUAAAAAG